AUGAGGAUCGGGCAGGUUUUUCCUUUGUAUGUUCGUGUUGGGAAGGUUGUCUUUCUGGUGAAUGAUGUACGAGCUUUUGGGGUCGCUAAACAGCUGCUGUUGAUGUUGAUCAUAUUCUUACUUUUGAUUGUUGUGUGCAGGGUUUUCGCUUUCUUCGAUGGACUGCUUGCGCAUCCUGACUUAUUGAUCUACUCGACAUGGAAACAUAAUAGACAAGCUUUGUUUGUGUUACCCGGGCAGAUUGCAUGUUACACAAAAAGGGCUUCGCUUGAUGUAAUAAAGAAAGACUGUAUGCGGAGGACUCCCUCUGCGGCUGAUUACGAAGGAUGGCCUUCGAUCGUAACCAGAAAACUAAUCAAUUAUAGUGCUUCGCUUUUGAUGCAACAAACUCGGAAAUGAAUAUUAGUGAACAAAAAGAAGACAAACCAUAUUUCAGGUAUGCUUUUCAGUGGGACUAGUACUAGAAUUUAUGCUUUGGUGGUGUACUGUGGCUGUGGUUUUCAGUAGGAGAUCUGCGGUUGAUCGUUGAACUCGAUCAUCACCACACAUCGGCGUGCGCACCUCCGAACAAACGCAUCAUGUCACCCAAAAAUGGACUCAAAAUUUGGCCUAAUCUUUAGUCCAUAAAGAACAACACGCACAAGUAGUAUCUAUUGAGUGUAGUCUAGCCCUUCGCCAGGCACAUAAAUUUCAAUUUAUCAACAUAGAAUCGACUUACUUAGUUACUUAAAAAGGUAAGAGACGGCGUCGAAUCAGGAUGACAUUGGGAAUAUAUUGGGUCACAACUGCUACUGGCCAAUGUCCAUUUGAGUCAUCCUUUUACGCGCCGCGUCUGGGCGUAAAUGAGCGAAGUAGCAACAGUGUGCAAAUUUGCAGCUUCUGCUUGUUUGAUGAAUUGAUGGGUGAUUAGGAUAAGUUUUUCCAGCAGAGAAGUUAGAGUUUCUAUCAGGAUUUAAGAAAGUGCUACUAUUAUAACAAGCAGAGCCUAACAUGUUCGGUUGACUUGCUUUGUUCGAACUAGCCUCGUGUAUUUUGUAGGAGCCAUUGUCUCAACCCUGUUCCACCUGAUGACUCUUACGCGUCAAGGAGCUAAAAACGUCGAGGACAAAACCUCCCCCUUCCUCUAGCUACUUUCUGAACUUACCCCCUGAAUGGGUAAACUACUACUACUUUCUUGCUCACUCGCUUCGGUGUUUGAACAGGGAGACUCCGACUAAAAAGCACCCUUUGAUGCUAAAAAUAAUUUUCGUUCGGGGGGUUGUGUUGUGAUGUUGCAGAGGAGGCUCUGCUCUUCCACAUAUGCAGCCCCCUUCCCUUGUUACUGAUUGAUGAGAACUGAAACCCAUUGAAAAGAGCAAGGUAGUGCUAAACCAGCUUGAAGAAUAACAUGAACGAAUUGAAGAUGAGGACCCCAGUAAAUACUUCGGAUUCUGACAUAAAUUAUGGCUUUGCGUGUAAAGUGAUAGAAGAAGCAAACGGAAGUACAGCGAUGCGGUUGAAUAUCUUAGUAGAUGCGGGUGCGCAUGGGCAUGCCCAUGCAAAUAAUUUCUUAGAAUAAGGAACGCCUAAUCCUGAAAAAAUCGAGCAAUUUUCUUUUUCAUAGGAGCUGCUCGCUCAUCCAAAUAUAAUUGAGCCAUUAAUAGUUCAAGAUGCUGACCAUAAUUGCACUGAGAUUGAAUAUAGCCAUGAGUUAGCCUUUUGCUGUCGACGUCUAGUCGUGCAGUAGCUUUUGCGUGCGCCUUAUCUCUCUAAUGGUGAUGGUAUUACUGAUAAAAGAUAAAGAAGCGGUGGAAAAAUAGCAGUGACGACACGUGGAUCAGUCGCGAGUCGUACUCUGGAAACAACCAUCGUAGGACAAUCAUCUUUCAACGCCACCCAUAGGAAAACAAAGAUAAAAGCGAAAAUGGCGCCUCUCCGUAAGUAUAGUGAAAGCUAUCCUUGCUCUUCUCUGCUGUUGCAGCUUAUUCUGAGUUCUAGGCUCAGAGCGAUUCUAUUUGUUUAGGAAAGAUAUCAAGUUCUUUGGUAUUCCUAGGUCCGCCUGAUCAUACCUAUUCAUAUUUAGCAAUUUAAUUUGUGGCCGUGAAGGUGGAGAGGGUGUGGCACUGUUGCUGCGCCGGCAGUUGCUUGACAGCGAGCAGCGUCAUAAUAAACCAGCAUUGGCUUGUUUCUUUCGCGAACACCUUGCUCGACAUCUUUUCCCCGUGUGGAGUUCAAUGUGAUGGGCGAUGGUGCUAGCCUGAAGAUGCGAGGGCGCAUCCUCUAUCCUUAGGAGUUCUGGAUUAACCAAGAAUCUAUUUGGAGUACUUUUUAGCCAUUUUCGAUCCAUGUAGUUGCGGUGUGCUCAUGCAUCGGAAGAUCGAAUUUGAUACCGACGUCCUACUUGCCUGCUUUAAAGAAUCAAGCCAUAUUUAUAACGUUUCAACGGAAUUUCGUUUAGAUUUAGGGUCGAGAACGACCAUAACAAAAUUCGUCUUUAAAAGACCUCUUAGAAUGAAAUAUUCUAACACGACCUUCAAGAACUGAUCAUGGAGAGGUUUGUAGCAGCAGUAGUUCUGGACCCAAUCGUAUAAUUUAAAUUAAUACCUCAUGCUGACCUCGACGCAAAAUUGAGAUUUUCUUUGUCACCUCUGGAAAUCAUGAGCACGACUACAAGCCAGGAGCUGAGAGAAUCAUAGUCAAGUUAGUCCUAGUUCGAACUUGCUCGCUGCAUAUUUUUUGUGUGGGAUGUGCAUUCGCCUGCUUGUUGUCUUGUAAUACUACUCCAGUCCUGCUAUUUCCAGGGCACAUCAAGAAUCACCCGCAGUAUAUCUUUUUCUUUCCUUUCCUCCUUUCCUCCACUGUUGCGAUCACAGAAACGACCACUGGUUUUGGAUAUUUGUGACCACAAUGGAAAUUCAAUAGUGAAUAAGGGACUGCCAUUGGAUUCGUUAGCAGUCUAGGACGGAGGAAUGGGCGUGUGCAGUUUUUUCUAGAAAAGAUAGGGGCUGAUUUGACGAUUCUAGAGAGGGUUUUUUCCAACAUGAGUUAGUGUGCCAGUCAUCCGUAUGCUCGUUGGAAACUACAAACCGACAUGGCAUUUUUCAGGAGUAAGUCGAAACAACGAAAUUAUGUAUGAUCGUCUGCGAUGGUAGCAGGGAGUGGGCGAGGUUUAGUUAUCGGGAAGUGAGUGAGACUCAAAAAUGUGCGGUGCGGAUGAGCACCACCCUUUGACUUUGCCUGCAUCAGAGUGUGGAUUUGGGCCCUGUGGCAGACAGAGAUAUGAUAUAGCUCAGAGCUACACAGUAUUGAACCUCAAAUAGAUGGAAUUUCGUUUAUUAUGUGAAUCGAAAAUUCAUGGCAGCAGUCAAAGAUUUACAAAAACGUUGUGAGAUCUUCAACAAAGCACAACGAAUAUUAUCUCCGUGUUUCUGGUCCCUUGUGGUCAGCAUGCAAAUCAUACAUGAUAAUGAUCUUUACUUAAAUGUGAAGGACGAAUGAAAAACCGCACAGUCGGCCGAUCCUUUAUUUUUGACACAAACAAACGAU